AUGAGUGGCGCGGUGCGGCUGGAGGCGGUGUUGGUGGCGCUAGUGGAGCGGAAAGCGCGCGCCCUCCACGCGGAGCAGGCGCGGCGGCGGGCGCGACAUCCGUUGCUGUUACUGCUGCGCGACCACCUGCCCGAUGAGGAGGCAUCUAUAAUUGGCAACCAAGGCGAAGAAUUACCAUCGCAUUGGUGCGAGCAUGAAAUCGCGAGGCACAAACAAAGAAAGCUCAAACUGCAUACUCAUCCAAGGGAUCUUCGGAGUCCCGAACAAUUGGAAUUGGAAAGGCGACGCAGACGGCGCAGACGUAGCCCGCAUACACAAUCACAGAAGCUCAGGAAACACCGAACACUACUCGUCUCUGCUAUCGACGAGCAAGCUAAAGUCAUACAUGUUUUGGACCCCGACGAAUUGCCGAGGCGUGCUCGUUACACUAUCAUGGUGACAGCGUGUUUGCUGCUCUUCCUUUGUCUACUAUUAGUAGGUGUUACGUUAAGAAUGGCUCCACUCAUCGAUGAUAUGGAAUUAUUUGCCCUUUGUGGUUAUAUAACGGCCAUACCACUCAACCGUCAUGAUGUCAUAAAGACGUGUAUACGAGAAAUUCAAGGCACAUAG